AUGUCCGAGUCUGCCAGAGCUGACUCCGAGGCUGCCCACGGAGACGAUCACUCAACACCCAGCUCUCCCGGCGGCGACGGGGACCACUCCGAGGACAAGAACGGCGACCAGCCGCCGCGCAAGAGACAGCGAGUCCGUCUCUCCUGCCUGGAAUGUCGCCGGAGGAAGUUGUCGUGUGACCGCGGCUACCCGUGCGAGAGAUGUCUCAAGUCAGGCACGCCCGACCGCUGCACCUACGAGACCCGGCCAGGUGUCGCGCCGCCCCCAAAGCCCGCCGGCCUCCAGCUCUCUCAGUAUGAUGGCCGCCUGUCCUUGUCCAACGACAACCUCGUCCGCAAGGACAGCGCCCGGGACUUUGACCGCAUACGGCGGCUGGAGAUCGAGGUCUCCCAGCUCAAGAACCUGCUGUCGAAGCAGCUGAGCAAUGAUGGCAGCCUCACCGUCGACGCCAACUCCCAGGCCGCUACGAGGCCCGAUCCAGAUCUGGUGCCGGAGCACAAGCUCCCCGAGUUCAUGCAGUAUGGCCACGACGCCGGCGACGAGAUGCGCUUCUUCCGAGGCAAGGAGUUCCGGACUCGGUACUUUGGACCCCACAACGCCUCCAUGGCCUUCAGCCAGUUGACGGGACUGUCGCCGUUCAUGAAGGAGACGGCCGAAGAAUGGCUCAAGCCGCUGCAUGUGGCUGCCCGGACCAAGGACCGGGACCAGAGGAAGGUGGCACGAGAGGCCAAGUUCAAGGCCGCCGACCUCGAGCUCGAACAGCUCUUGCCGUCCAAGAUGGAGACGGACAUGCUCACCUCGCUAUACCUAGACCAGUUCGAGCAACUCCACCGUGUCGUCCACAUCCCCAGCUUCAGGCGCCAGUACGAAAGGUUCUGGAUACCCACCGAGGUACGACCCGCGGCGCAUACCGCCCUCGUCCUCGCCAUGAUGGCCGUUUCAGCCUGUAUGCACAGCAACUCUUCGUCACCGCCCAAGUUCACCGGGAUGGUGUCGUGCGCUCAUCAGACAGCCGAAAAAUGGAUCUGGGCAUGUGAAGAAUGGCACAGGAAGCAGAGCCAUAAGCACCGCCGCCUCAUUCACUACCAGAUAGCGCUCCUCUUGUACCUUGCGAAGAGGGUCAACAAUGUGAAGAAGAAGCGCUUCUGGACAAAUUCUGGCAUCCUGACACGUGAGGGCAUAUCUUUGGGCUUGCAUCGCGACCCCGACGCGAUGAUCGGUGCGAGCCGAAACAUCUCUGUCUUCAAUCAAGAGAUGCGAAGGAGGCUGUGGGCAACAAUACAGGAGUUUGACUUUCAGGCUUCGUUCGACCAUGGUUUACCUACCAUCGUCAGUUCGCUUCAUCUAGACGUCAAACCGCCCAGGAACAUCAACGACGACGAGUUCGACGUGGACGUGACUGAGCUGCCACCGUCUAGGCCGGUCUCCGAAUACACUGGCUCGUCCUUCCAGCACCUAUGCCGGCAGAGCCUGCCCCUUCGGCUAGAGCUGAGCAAGCUUUUGUCAGGCCCGCCCGACGAUCUCGACUACGAGCAAGUAAUUCGCUACACGAAUGAGAUAACACAGGAGAUCGACGCGCUUCCGUCGUGGGAUACAUCGGCCAGCAUGGACGAACAGGAGUCACCGAAACCACUCCUUGCAUAUACACUCCUCCACGUGCAGUUGCGACAGUACAUCAUGCCGCUGCAUCAGCCAUUCCUGCGGAUGCGCAAGGUCAACUCGAAGUACCAGUUCUCGGAAGUCAUGUUCUACAAUGCGGCACGGGAUAUGGUCCUCUUGCACGACAAGCUGACCGAGUUUGGCGUGCGCACACUGAAUUUCUUGCGCGAAGACGCGCUCACCCUUGCUCUGAACUUGACGAGCGUCACGAUGCUUCAGUCUCGCGGGAGCACAAACAUGAUUAUGGUCAACAGCCCACAUACUCUCAAGCUGCUAGACCAGUGCCUCCAGAUGAAAGAGGACAGAAUACUACGGUGUGGGAACAACGAGCCCUGGGGUUACAGCAUCAUGUGCGCGGCCUACGGACUGCUGGAGACGCACCUGGGGAUCAAGGACAGCCAGACGGCCAAGAGCUCGAGCGCGGAGAGGUUCAUCAACCUGCACUACCGCCUGCUUGCAGGCCAGGAGCCGCCGGUGCUGGGACCCCAGCAGCAGCAGCAGAUCGCCGCCGCCCAGGCGCAACACUCCCAGCAGGGCGGCGGGUCCAACCUGCAGGUGCGGGCAGAAGGGCCGAGCCUGCUAGAGAGGGCCAAGACCAUCACGCCCUACCUGCAUCCGGGGGUGUCUGCUGCCGCUGCUUCUGCCUCUUCUGGGGCCGGAGGAGGAGGAGGAGGUGGAGGGGUGGCAGUCAGUGGAGGGGGAGACGUGGCCGGGCUGCCGAGCACACCUUGGUGGCUGGCCGCGGCGGAUCCCACCGUAAGUCUACCUCCCGAUGGGCCCGGGUCUUUGGCCGGGCCUUCUCCGGAACGUCGUAGUAACCGCGACCCCUCACAAAUGCAGAUGCAGCCCCAAGCGCCGCUCAACCCCGAGUUCAACAUGGAGAUGCUUGGCUUCAACUUGAAUGAGCUGUGGGCGGUGGAUACUUGGGACGCAUAUUAG